AUUGCUUGCUUAUUGGCAGGCGUGUGACAAUCUCCACACAUAUAUAAACUCCAAGGCAGGAUUGGAAUCCUCCCAACUUUCUUUCUGAAACACCAUUCUUGAGUUACUCUACGGCAUGUCAGAUCAACGCAUGGAUUCAAGUGCAUUUCUCCUAAUCCUCUUUUUGUCCUCUCUCUUCGUGUGCCACAAUGGAGUUGAAGGGAGCAUAGAGUUAUCCGCAAGCGAAGAUCUGGAGUUGGAGAAUCAAGUUAAACUUCUAAACAAGCCAGCGGUCAAGACUAUACAGACCGAGUAUGGAGAUAUAUACGAUUGUGUGGAUUUCUACAAUCAACCUGCCUUUGAUCAUCCUAUGCUGAAGAACCACAGUUUUUAUUUUGAGAUGAAACCAACUCCAUGGUUUCCAAGAAAGAGAGAUCAAGUACGUUCAAAAGUUAGAGAAUCCUUGCAUAUACGGCUGAAGGAUGGAGGUUGCCCAUUUGGCACAGUUCCGAUCAGAAGAAUCACUAAAGAAGAUUUGAUCAGAGAGAGAAAUGUUUCAAAUAUCAGACCUUUGGACGAAUUUGCUUUUGGUUCUCAUUUUGCUGUGGUUCGAACAAAACGUGGUGCAGGCAAGUACAAUGGAGCUGGUGCGGCGCUUAGCAUACACCGUCCGCGGCUUUUAAGAAAUGAUCAGUAUAGUGCAGGACGAAUCAGGAUUCUAAACGGAGUUGACGCUAUACAAGUAGGGUGGAGGGUUGAUCCCGGUCUCUAUGGCGGUGAUACCCGCACUAGAUCAUUUAUUCGUGUGGAUGCACCUCAAGCUCACUGUUUCAAUACAAGAUGCCCAGGAUUCGUUCUAGUGAGAUCGGAUAUACCUCCUGAUUUUGUUUACGAACAGACUUCUAAGUAUGGAGGACCAAUCUAUCAAAAACAACUAUAUAUCAAACGAGACCUAGCUAAUGGAAACUGGUGGCUGCUAAUUGGAGAUGACUUCACCCCGGUUGGUUUUUGGCCGAAGAGAAUAUUUAGCGAUCUAGCGAACCUAGCUAACUAUGUUGAUUGGGGAGGACAUGUGUAUACUCCACUGGGCACCGGCUUUACACCUGAAAUGGGCACUGGUCAUUUUCUAAAGACAGACGGAAGAUACGAUGCAUUCUGCAGGAAUACUCAAGUAAUCAACGAGUAUGAUCAGAACGUGGAUGAGUUCAACACAGAGACCUUUCAUGAUAUUGGAUUGUAUGAGGUUGUUGAUCUAAAAAAUGCUCGGAAGUAUGGACAUGUAGCCGUAUAUGGGGGCCCUCCGCAGAAGUAAGGUGCAAGAUUUCCUUAACGAAACUUUGAAGAAUACCAUAG